UACAGCGAGCUGCUGCUACGGUCGUGGGUGGCCUAGCGAUAGCAGCUUACACGGAUGCACGGUUCCUACUACGCAACGACUUACGUACAGGGUCCGUGGCAAGGAAAGGUGAAAGGGCCACCGAAUUCGUCACCGGGGAGUUCGCACGUGGUAAAGGACACAUUUACGAUUAUUUCGAGAACCACGCCUUAGGCAAGAACGCCAACAACAUCUUUCUAAUAUUCGAGGGUCGAUCUUGGACUUAUAAAGAGUUCUACGAUAAAGUCCAACUCGUCGGUAACUGGUUGUUGAGCUUGCAAAUAAAACCGAACGAGAUCGUCGCUAUAGACGGUCCGAACAGUCCCGAGUAUGUUAUGGUUAUCCUCGCUCUCAAUGCGAUUGGCGCUUGCCCGGCAUAUAUCAACAGCAAUUUAACUUCGACGCCAUUAGUGCAUUCAGUGAAGCUCUGUGGCUGCCGCUAUUUCCUUGUAGACCGAGCAGUUAUCGACUUCGUUCGGCCACACGAGGAUGCUCUGGAAGGCAUCGAAACAAUCUACUACGACGGAGGACUCACUAUCUCGCUCAAAGAUACAUCUCCUAUUCCAAACCUUCGAAAAGGUCUAAGUCCAACGUCCUUGGCUCGUCUAAUCUAUACUUCCGGCACAACUGGUUUGCCCAAAGCCGUUAUUAUCCCUCGAGCAAGAGAAUUAGCUUCUGUCAAAUCAGUCAGCGAAUACCUCAAGCUUAAACCAGGUGUCCGGAUGUACACCUGUCUACCUCUGUACCAUGUAUCUGCUCACGGUCUAUGUACCACUCCUAGUAUAUUUGCUGGAUCUACAGUGGCUCUAAGUCGGAAAUUCAGUCACAAGACUUUCUGGCCAGAAGUUCGGUCUUCGCGAGCAGAAAUUGUGCAAUAUGUCGGAGAACUUGCACGCUAUCUUCUUAAUGCACCGCCAUCUCCGAUGGACAAACAGCACAAUGUCCGAAUGGUGUGGGGAAAUGGUAUUAGGCCUGAUGUCUGGGAAGCAUUUCGACAGCGUUUCGGUGUGGAGACAGUCAAUGAGAUCUAUGGCGCCACCGACGGCAAUUCAGUUUGCUGGAAUGAGAAUCGUGGUGCUUUUGGUCGAAACGCCGUUGCUAUCCGUGGGCCUCUAUGGCGUUUUCUCAACGGCGCCAACGAGAAGAGAAUCCGCAUCGAUGUCGAUACUGAGUCAAUCAUACGUGAGGGCGGGUUCGCUGUUGCCUGCAAGGUUGGCGAAGUGGGUGAAACUAUCAACAAAGUCGAUCCCGCGGUGCAAGUUGCAGCAUUCGCAAAGUACCUCAACAACCCGGAAGCUGGUCUAAAGCGGCGGAUCACGGAUGUUUUCGAAAAAGGUGAUGUCUGGUUCCGUACAGGCGAUUUGAUGCGCGAGGACGCUGAUGGAUGUCUCUACUUUGUUGACAGGCUUGGAGACACUUUCAGGUGGCAUAGUGAGAAUGUCUCAACGACUGAAGUGGCUGAUGUCUUCGGGCAGCUUGAUCAGGUUGCGGAAGCAAAUGUCUACGGUGUUUCUGUACCUCAUACGGACGGUCGAGCAGGCUGUGUUGCAAUCGUGCCAACUGGUGAGCUGAACUUGAGUGUUCUGGCUCGACACGCGCUCGAGAACUUGCCACGUUACGCUGUGCCACUGUUUGUACGGAUCGUAAAGCAAAUCGACUACACGGCUACAAACAAGAUGCAGAAAGGGAGGUUGAAAGCGGAAGGUAUUGACUGGGCCAAGAUUCGUGAGGUUUCCGAUGACGUCCUCUACUGGCUGCCGCCGGGCAAAAAUGUCUACGUUCCAUACCGACGCGAGGACUGGGAGGAGAUCAAGAAUGGAGCUCUGAAGCUAUAG